CAUCCAGUGGUGCUGACCAAGUUUAUUGAGGGGGCUCGCGAAGUGGAGAUGGACGCUGUAGGCAAAGAAGGACGGGUCAUCUCCCAUGCCAUCUCUGAACAUGUUGAAGAUGCAGGUGUCCACUCAGGGGAUGCCACACUGAUGCUACCUACGCAGACCAUCAGCCAGGGAGCCAUUGAAAAGGUGAAGGAUGCCACACGAAAGAUUGCAAAGGCUUUUGCCAUCUCUGGGCCAUUCAAUGUCCAGUUUCUUGUCAAAGGAAAUGAUGUCUUGGUGAUUGAGUGCAAUCUGAGAGCCUCUCGAUCCUUCCCCUUUGUCUCCAAGACUCUUGGGGUGGACUUCAUUGAUGUGGCCACCAAGGUGAUGAUCGGAGAGAGUGUUGAUGAGAAGCAUCUCCCCACACUGGAGCAACCCAUCAUCCCCUCUGACUAUGUUGCCAUUAAGGCUCCCAUGUUUUCCUGGCCCCGACUGAGGGAUGCUGAUCCUAUUCUGAGAUGUGAGAUGGCUUCUACCGGAGAGGUGGCGUGUUUUGGUGAGGGCAUUCAUACAGCCUUCCUAAAGGCAAUGCUGUCCACAGGGUUUAAGAUACCUCAGAAGGGCAUUCUGAUUGGCAUCCAGCAAUCAUUCCGUCCAAGAUUCCUUGGUGUUGCUGAGCAGUUACACAAUGAAGGUUUCAAGCUUUUUGCCACAGAAGCCACAUCAGACUGGCUCAACGCCAACAAUGUUCCUGCCACCCCAGUGGCUUGGCCAUCUCAGGAAGGACAGAAUCCCAGCCUCUCUUCCAUCAGAAAGUUGAUAAGAGACGGAAGCAUUGACCUAGUGAUUAACCUCCCCAAUAACAACACCAAAUUUGUCCAUGAUAAUUAUGUGAUUCGGAGGACAGCUGUGGACAGUGGAAUUGCUCUGCUCACCAAUUUCCAGGUGACCAAACUUUUUGCUGAGGCUGUGCAGAAAGCUCGUACUGUGGACUCCAAGAGUCUGUUCCACUACAGGCAGUACAGCGCCGGAAAGGCAGCAUAGAGCAGUAUGCUGGUCUAGUGAAGUCAUCCUUCAGUCAGCAGGAGCCACACUGUACCAAAGGGACUGGUCCCAGCCUAUCGCCAGAAAUGGAUGUUGUUGCCAAACCUUAUUUUUGGUUUUCCUGUUCUUAGUAGUCUGUAUCUUUAACCACUGAAUUGUUGUCAGUCACUGUUUCAAAACCAUCAGGUUCUUCCCAAGUCACUUGUUCUUCACAAGGAAUCCAACCAUUCAUACAUUAUCUUUUGUAGAACGACUUGUAACAUUUCAUGGUGCUGGUUAACAACAAUUGAAGUAAAAAUAGUUGCUGCCCUAUCUCCUAAAUUCUAUACUCUAAACAUACUCUCAUUUUUAAAGUAGCUUCUGUCACACCCAGAGUCCACUAACUGGACAGAUUACCAUGAAAUUUCAUUAAAAUAAAAUGUGGAUUUAAUUUAUGAAUGGCAUUAUGAUGUUUGUGUAUUGGUAUUUUUUGGGAAAUGAUUCUCAUUUACAUAGCCAACCUAGAAAUAGCAUUUCUUCUUCCCAUGAUAUACAAUGUGAGAUUGGAUUUCUUUGAUAGAUCCUUGCUUGAGGUUUUGGAGGAUGUCAGCAGAUGUCAGAGAACACAGAAGUGGUUAUAUUCUUGAUAUUCUUUUUGGAUUUUAACAUAAGCCAAGUGAAACAUAUAGACUCAUGAUAUUUGCCUUUGGCUAAAAUUUUGGAACACUUUAGAAGUUCCUGUUCCUUUUGUAUGAUGGAUUCUGAGUCUCACUUGCAUUCUGCAUUCCACACAUACUACACAUAGGGCCUCCAUCCCUUGACAUGCUAGAUGUUUUUCUUUCAAGGUAGCUUUUGUUGCUUUUAAGUGUUUUGUUUAUUACAGUGCCUUAAUUGUGAACUUUUAAAUAAAAUACUAUUGAGUGAAAA